GAGAGAGAGAGAGAAAGGCGAGGUAGGGUGAGAGAGGGCGAGAGAGAAUCAGAGAGAGCGAGAGGGAACACUAACUGGGGUAGCUAUGGAGAUAGUAGCUUUCCCUGCUCGCUUUCUUUGACAGGUGUCGAGGAGUGGGAUAAAAUUAAAAAAAGUCUAAGUCGAGGUGCCUGCAAGAUGUACGGCAAGGGCAAGGGAGCCGUGGUCCCCUCCGAUAGCCAAGCGAGAGAAAAGUUGGCGUUGUACGUGUACGAGUACCUGCUACACGUCGGAGCACAGAAGUCGGCACAGACCUUCCUGUCUGAAAUACGAUGGGAGAAGAACAUCACGUUAGGGGAGCCUCCUGGAUUUCUCCAUUCGUGGUGGUGUGUAUUCUGGGACUUGUAUUGCGCCGCUCCAGACCGACGAGAGACCUGCGAGCACUCCAGUGAGGCCAAGGCCUUCCACGACUACAGUGCGGCAGCAGCGCCCAGCCCGGUGAUGGGCAACAUGCCCCCCAACGACGCCAUGCCAGGCGGUCCCAUGCCUCCGGGCUUUUUCCAGGGACCACCCGGCUCUCAGCAGUCCCCCCACGCACAGCCCCCCACACACAACCCAAGCAACCCCAUGAUGGGACCCCACGGCCAGCCUUUCAUGUCACCACGCUACCCAGGUGGACCGCGCCCCCCACUCCGAAUGCCAAAUCAGCCUCCAGGUGGAAUUCCGGGAUCGCAGCCUCUCCUGCCAAACAGUUUGGACCCGACACGACCGCAAGGGCAUCCCAACAUGGGCGGUCCGAUGCGGAUGAACCCUCCUCGAGGAAUGGCCAUGGGCCCACAGAAUUACGGUGGCUUGAGACCCCCGCCCAACUCCAUGGGCGGACCCAUGCCAGGAAUGAACAUGGGUCCAGGAGGAAGAGGGCCGUGGCCCGGGCCGAACACGAACUCAAUAGCCUACUCCUCCUCAUCUCCGGGCAACUACGUGGGCCCCCCAGGUGGCGGUGGUCCACCCGGAACACCCAUCAUGCCCAGCCCAGGUGAUUCGACCAACUCGAGUGAAAACAUUUACACCAUGAUGAAUCCCAUUGGAGCGGGAGGCAACAGACCCAAUUUCCCAAUGGGACCUGGGCCUGACGGGCCGAUGGGCGCUAUGGGAGCCAUGGAGCCGCACCACAUGAACGGAUCUCUCGGGUCUGGAGAUAUGGACGGCUUGCCAAAGAGUUCCCCUAAUAACAUGGGGGGCAUGAGCAACCCUCCCGGAACGCCGCGAGACGACGGCGAAAUGGGCGGGAACUUUUUGAACCCAUUCCAAAGCGAAAGUUAUUCUCCCAACAUGACGAUGAGUGUGUGAUUUUAUUUUUCCUUUUUUUGGGGGGGGGGGGUUAUUUUCCCCCCCUCCUAUUUUGUACCCCUACACCUCCUUUUUUGUGGUCCCCCCCAUCCUGCAAUUCUUACCUCACUCUCGGAUCGGGCCUCCCCCUUCUCCUCCUCCUCCUCCUGGCUUUUACCACAACGUUCCUCACGGGUGAACCGCAGCCCUCAUCCACAUCCUCCUCCGGAGCGGCCCUGGAGCUCGCCGGGACUAUGGUGAAAAAAAACGGGCCCUCUGGGAGCAUGCAAAAUGGCCGCCCAGGCCAGGCACGAAGUCGCAGCAGAUCAACAGGAAGAGCCUCUUCUCGGACUUGAGACGAUGAGGAGAAUGAGGACAAAUAGAGAAAAGAAACGUGACACAUGCUUGAGGACACUCUGGAAUCUUCACCCACAAUCGGACUUAUUAUUAUUAUUAUUAUUAUUAUUUUAUUUUUU